AGCACAAAAGUAAAAAAUAAUGAUCUCCUAAAAAAAAGUAUUUGAAAUUAGUAUAUCAUAUUUUGAGGGAUAUAUAGCCAAAAAAAAGGGAGUAUGAAAACCAAAUUUCAUCACCGCUGCAUCUAACAAGCUCUCUUGGAUUGAAUAAACCAUCAACAACUAUAACAAGGUCUGUGUAACCAUCUCAAUUUCUCUUCACUCAAUUUUUCAACACUGUCUUUGUGAAACCAAAACAAUGUGUUCCCAGAAAACCCUUUUGAGAAUUUUCAACAAAGGUGCGUCUCUUCCUUCAAAUUCAACUAACAUGAACCAACAUGAACUUGCUCGUAAAAUUACUCACGUCCUCAUCAAUUCAACUAACUCCAACUAUUUCAAACUCAGUAACACUCAACUUCGCUCCAUACUUUCCUGCAUCACCCCCCAUGUUACUUACCGUGUUCUUUCCGACCCUAUUCUCCAACCUCAUUCCUAUUUACCCUUUUUCCACUUUCUUAAAACCCAUCAUUCCAGCAUUUCACUCAAACCUGAUCUCAAAGCCCAUUUGAUUCUCUUUUCUAGACUCUUAAAAGCUCGGAAAUUCGCCACCAUGAAGACUAUUUUGAAUUCCCUAGUUACAGAUUCCGAAUUUCCCUGUCCUGUUUCGGGUAUUAUUGAUUUGGUUGAUGAAUUUGAGCCUCAUUUUGUUGAGAAGCUUUGUGAUAUGUUGUUUAGGGUUUGUUCUGAUAAUAGGUUGUUCCAAGAGGCAAUUAGAGUUUAUGAUUAUGUCGAAGGAAAGGGGUUGGUGAUAGAGGAGAGGUCUUGUUUUGUGCUUUUGCUUGCUUUGAAGAGAUGCGCUGAGGUUGACUUAUGUCUUAGAUUCUUCCGCCGGAUGGUUGAGUCUAAUGGAAUUGAAAUUAGGGUUCACUCUUUGACACUUGUGAUUGAUGGGCUGUGUAGGAGAGGAGAGGUUGAGAAAGCCAAGGAGUUGAUGGAUGAGAUGGUCAGUAAAAGCAUUGUGAAACCGACUGUGUUUACUUAUAAUACAUUGUUAAAUGCGUAUGUUGGAAGAAAGGAUCAAAAGGGAGUUGAUGAGAUACUAAGGUUGAUGGAGAAGGAACAUAUUGUUUUUAGUGUGGCUACUUAUAGUAUUUUGAUUCAGUGGUAUUCCAGUUCUGCUGAUAUUGGGGAGGCUGAGAAGAUAUUCGAGGAAAUGCGUGAAAGAAAUCUAGAAAUUGAUGUUUAUGUCUAUUCGUCGAUGAUAAGUUGGAAUUGUAGAUUAGGAAAUAUGAAAAGGGCCUUUGCGUUGUUUGAUGAGAUGACUCAGAGAGACAUUGCUCCUAAUGCACAUACUUACGGCGCCUUGAUUGGUGGUGUGUGCAAGGCAGGUCAAAUGGAAGCUGCGGAAAUCUUAUUGGAAGAGAUGCAGAGUAAGGGAAUUGACCUAAAUAUAAUAAUAUUUAACACGAUGAUAGAUGGCUACUGCAAAAGAGGAAUGAUGGAUGAAGCUUUGAGGCUGCAAGCCAUCAUGGAAAGGAAAGGAUUCAAAGCAGAUGUGUUUACAUUCAACAUUCUUGCAAAUGGGCUCUGUAAAUUGCAUAGGUAUGACGAAGCCAAGUGUACUUUAAAUUCAAUGGUAGAGAAAGGAGUGGAACCAAAUGUUGUGACUUUCACUAUGUUUAUCGAGAUAUUUUGCAAGGAAGGAAACCUUGCUGAAGCCGAGAGGUUCUUUAGGGAUAUGGAGAAAAGGGGACAAGUGCCUAAUAUUGUUACAUAUAACACUCUUAUUGAUGCGUAUUGCAAGAAAGAAAAAGUGAAGCAAGCACAUUCGACAAAAUCUGAAAUGAUAAACAAGGGGUUAUCGCCAGAUGUAUAUACAUACACAUCGCUAAUACACGGGGAAUGUAUUGUUGGCAGGGUAGACGAGGCGCUUAAAAUUUUCAAUGAAAUGAGGUUAAAGGGGAUAACUGGAAAUGUUGCAACGCAUACAUCAAUUAUUUCAGGAUUAUCCAAGGAGGGGAGAGCAGAUGAAGCAUUUAAGUUGUAUGAUGAGAUGAUGAAAAUGGGCCUAAUACCUGAUGAUAGAGUUUUCGCCGCACUUGUUGGUAGUCUUCACAAACCUCUCAUUCAUGCUGGUCUAAAACAAAAUGAAUAUGAGGAUCUGAAGCAGAAGUAGACACUUCUGGCACUUCACUAGGGUCAAAUGUAUGUUAGUCAAAUGCACACAGGAUGGAAGUAAAGAAAAGGGUGGGUAAGGGUGUAAGAGAUUGAUGAUCUUGUCCUUGAAGCUCAAGCAAGAAGACCUGUGUGUAGGGGAAAGUUGAUCUGCAACACCAAAUUAGAGCUUGGAAAGAUAGGAAGAUGUGCAAAAAUCUGGUCUCGUUAUACUUGGUUAGCUCGUAGAAUCUGCACUAUCAAUUUCAGUGAUCUAGCUCGCCAGAAGGAUCAAUUUCAGUGUGAUAGAUAUGGCAAGGUGUAUAGGAGGAUACAUAGGAAGAGAGAGCUUUAUGCUGAGAAGGUUAACAACAGAGGACUUUGUGCCAUUGCUCAGGCUGAGUCUCUUCGUUACAAACUCCUUGGUGGUCUUGCUGUCCGCAGGUACAUACAGAAUUUGUUGUGGGCUUUUAAUUACUGAUUUGUUUGUCAAAUGAAUCUCAAAGUGCUAUAUAUUGAUGUACUGUGGCAAUUUGAUUAUUGAAAGAGUCUAUGUUCUAUACUUGAAUUCCAAAACAGAACAUGGAGAAACUAUUGGAACUGAAUUUCUUCCUUCUA